AUCGUCAGCAACAAUGGAGGGACGGAUGUUUUGGUUGGUUUUGUUACUCUUUUCUCUCUCUUUUUAGUUUUUUUGUGUGGAGAGGAGAAGACGACGCCCCCCCCCGUUUCCCCUCUUCCCCUCUUUCUCUCUCGAACCCAAAUUCAGAAUCCAUACACUCACUUUUUUCCUCCCUUUUUGUGUUCUGGGGGAUUUUUGUUUUUUGUUUUGGUUUUGAUUUUGGACUUUGAUCUUCAUUUCUGGCGCUGCCCGAUCGAAAUUGAUGCUGUGAGAGUGGUGGGUCGUUGGGGAAAUGGGGAUUUGGGUGGUGGGGUUUGAUGGGAUGACCAAUUCGCCGGCGAUGGGGCGGUGAUUGAAGGACCAUGUUCCUCUGCGAUGGAGUACGAUUCUGGAAUUCCGAUGUCUGUGACGGAGGGUCACUCCUCUGCGCUCACGCCAUCAUUGCGCGAAGGUUCUCUUGCUAAUUUCGAUGCACUGUGGCAAAUGAACUUGGGAUCAGGUGAAAUAAUGGGAUCUGGAUCUUAUCCCGUGCGACCUGGAGAGCCAGAUUGUUCUUACUACAUCAGAACAGGCUUGUGUAGAUUUGGAGCUACAUGUAGAUUUAAUCAUCCACCUAAUAGAGAGUUGGCUAUUGCCACUGCAAGAAUGAAGGGGGAGUUCCCGGAAAGAAUUGGACAACCGGAAUGUCAGUACUACCUGAAGACGGGAACUUGCAAGUUUGGGGCUACAUGCAAGUUUCAUCAUCCUAGAGACAAGGCUGGGAUUGCUGGAAGAGUUGCCUUAAAUAUUUUAGGCUAUCCACUUCGCCCGAAUGAAACUGAAUGUUCUUAUUAUUUAAGAACUGGUCAAUGCAAGUUUGGAAAUACAUGUAAAUUCCACCAUCCUCAACCAACUAAUAUGAUGGUCUCACUGCGUGGUUCACCUAUUUAUCCAUCCGUACAAUCACCAACUCCUGGUCAGCAGUCAUAUCCAGGAGGAAGUACAAAUUGGUCAAGGGCUUCCUUUAUUCCCAGUCCACGAUGGCAAGGCCCUUCCAGUUAUGCAUCUUUAAUUUUACCUCAGGGAGUUCUUUCUGUUCCAGGUUGGAAUGCAUUCAAUGAUCAACUAGGAUCUGUUUCAUCUUCAGAAAGUCCACAACAAACGAGGGAGAAUGUAUUUCCUGAGAGGCCCGGCCAGCCUGAAUGUCAAUUUUACAUGAAGACUGGAGAUUGCAAGUUCGGGGCUGUUUGUCGGUUUCAUCAUCCUAGAGAGAGAGUAAUUCCUGCUCCAGAUUGCGUCUUGAGUCCAAUAGGCCUGCCAUUACGUCAGGGAGAACCUUUGUGCAUCUUUUAUUCCCGUUAUGGGAUCUGUAAGUUUGGUCCGAGCUGCAAGUUUGAUCACCCUAUGGGAAUCUUUGCAUACAAUCUCUCAGCAGCGUCAUCGGCCAACGCCCCGGUUCAGCAUUUGUUCGGGACGUCUUCAGGAACAACUGCUCUGAACUUGUCAUCUGAAGGGCUAGUUGAAGCAGGAUCUGCAAAGCCCAGGCGACUGUCACUCUCGGAGACUCGAGAGAUGCCUUCCGAUGAUGAAAACAUCGACGCUGAGGGCUGAUCGCCGCAAGUCAAUUUUACCCCUUUGACAAUCUUUUGGAAGAUAAAAGAAGAGAGCUAUUUGUAAAUUCAUUAUGCCUUGCUGGAAAAAGAUGUACAGGAGGGUUCAUGUAAAGUUGAUCCUGUUCUUCUGAAAAUGCAUUUCAGAUAGCAGAUUUAAUUCCUCUGAAUUUUAUGUUUUUCUGCAUUGUAUAAAAAGAUCUGCAGAUGAUGUCAGUUUUUCUUCCUUUCACUUUUGGUAAAACAGCAAUUUAUGAACAACUUUCUCAUUUGUCCCCAAAUCUUUCUGAAAAUUUGGGAUUUUAAAUUCUUGUAAAGAACGCUUGCUAUUUCCCCCCAAAUUUUGAUGGCCUUGUUUGGCUCUUCAAUGAAUGAAUAAUCAUGUUCAUUAUGGUUUCCAAA